AUGUUGAGAACAUUUUGUAUUCAAAAGAAGAUAAAUGGCUCAGCAGUCAAAAAAGCAUGCAGGAUGUAGAUUUUGAAAGAACGGACAUAUGUUAUGCACCAAUUAUUCAAAGCGGGGGUGAAUAUGACUUCAGAACUUCAGCCCAGUCAAACACGAGUCUUUUGCAUGAGGGUACGAUUCUUUUUUCGCUUGGCGUUAGAUAUAAAUCAUAUUGUUCGAAUGUCGGUCGGACUAUUUUAAUGAACCCGAAUAAGGAUCAAGAGAAAACAUAUGAAUUCCUCUUAGAAAUCCAACGAAGAAUAUUAGAAUGGAUUAAAGAUGGAGUUAAGAUUUGCGAUGUUUACACGAAGGCGACUAGAUACGUCAAAGCUAAACGCCCAGAUCUUUUGGAUAAAUUUGUCAAGAAUCUUGGACACGGGGUAAGUAUUCUAAUUGUAGAAUUUCGUAUCAUUGAAUCUAGUUACAUUCUGGGCCCGAAAAACAACAAAGAAUUCAAGACUGGGAUGGUACUAAAUUUGUUUAUUGGAUUCACCGAUCUGGAAAACCCCAAAGCAACAGAUGAAAAAAGUAAAAUCUAUGCACUUUGGCUAAUAGACACAGUUAGAGUUGGUGCUGAUUCGGUUCAGGUGUUGACAGAAAGUGACAGGAGUUUUAAUAGUAUCUGCUUUUCGUUUAAGGAUGCGAAUGAAAGUAAGCGUCCUGCAAAAGCGGUUGAAACUAAAAGAA